AACUGUCAUUUCAGAUGUCUGCAUGAUCUUAUCUGUCUCAAUCUCUUCUUCAGAUCAUAUUUAUUUAAUUUGCUCCUGAAUAUUCAUGUUCACUGGUGUAUAAAUACUUUGGAGUGAUAGAUUUGAUUCCUGUUCCUGGAGAAGAGGGCAUAGGAGGGGUUUCUGAGUGCAGUUCUGCGGUCAGCCAGAAUCAUCGCCACAGCUGGCACGACAGAUUUGCGGCAGCCGAGAUGGACACGUCGAGAGAUCUCGGCCGUGCGACGCCCAUUUUUGGAAAUCUGGACCGUUCGUUUUAUGAAACCGGUCAACGAACGCAGAUUUCAGACUGUUUCGUGGUCCCCUGUAGCGCCGAUCGCGCGUUUCUCGACUCGUUCCGUUGUCGCCGUGUUGCAAUCGAGGCCUUCGAGCUGGGGAUCCCCGCGACGACGAGCGCCAGAUUUGGGCGCUCCUUUUUUUUCGCUGGAACGAAGCAUCUCACGGGAUCUGUUUCCAUCGCAAAAAAAAAAAAAAAAAAAAGCAAUGGAGCAGCGCGGUGGCAAAAAAUCUCUCUGGCAGUCUGCAUUCUUCACGAAGAGCGAAGGAUCCCCUCCGCUCGCGGCGGAAGCUUCCCGUCGGCGAAACCGUUCGCUCUUCGGCGCCAUUAGAUAGUAGGAGGUUCAUUUUCAGAGUAGGAACAAGAAUCCCUUUUCUAGUGAAGGUUUCAAGAUUAUAUGGAUGGUAAAGAAAACCUAAGCUCCACAAAGGAGAGUUCUGAUUCUGAGAGGCUUCCAUCUAUUUUCAAGUACAUUGCAUCUAAUUCGAUUUCUGGGUUUGAUACAACUCCAAGUCCUCGAAGUGACACUGCACAUUUUGAAGUGCCAGAAGUUAUUGUAGAUGACAUACAAGAACGACCGGAUAGUGUGGUCUUACCGACUUCACAAGAUCAAACGGGUGGGCUUUCUCAUGCACAUUCCAUUUCAAUCAGCAUGCCUUCAUCACCUACAGUGUUUCGGGCAGAACAUUCGUAUGGCGAGCUAAAAAAUCAUGUGACUGCUAACUCUUGUGUGCAUCAAAAAACGGAAGGCAAGUUUCACUCUCAACCGAUGUCAGUUGGAAGGUCCUACAUUAUAGCAACUCCCGAUGUUCUAACUGAGAACAAUAAAUUUAAGGACAAACGAUAUGAUUCUUUCAAGACUUGGUCUGGAAAAUUUGAAAAGCAGAUAUCUAACCUACGCGGUAAGCCACCAGAACCUGAGAUAGAAAAUUUGACAAAGAAUACUAAACGAGAGGUUGUGCCUGCACACCGCUUCUUUGAUGCAUUGGAAGGACCUGAACUUGACAAGCUCAAGGCGUCAGAGGUGUUGGUUCUUCCUGAAGAUAAAAAGUGGCCUUUUCUUCUCCGCUUUCCUGUGUCCUCCUUCGGUAUAUGCCUUGGCGUUAGUAGCCAAGCUAUCCUGUGGAAGACAUUGGCUACAUCAUCAUCCACAAGUUUUCUUCAUUUUGGUCUGACCGUCAACCUUGUUCUGUGGUGUCUUUCACUUGCGUUACUAGGCAUCAUUUCAUCUAUCUAUAUUCUGAAGAUCAUUUUAUACUUUGAGGCUGUCCGUCGCGAGUACUAUCAUCCCAUCCGAGUUAACUUCUUCUUUGCUCCAUGGAUAUCUUGUCUCUUCUUAGCCAUUGGUAUACCGUCUUCAAUUGGUAUCAAGCUUCAUGCAGCUCUUUGGUAUGUGUUAAUGGGUCCAAUUUUCCUACUCGAGCUUAAAAUAUAUGGCCAAUGGAUGUCUGGAGGGCGACGAAGGUUAUCAAAAGUUGCAAAUCCAUCGAACCACCUAUCGAUCGUGGGAAAUUUUGUAGGCGCUUUGCUUGGUGCCUCUAUGGGGCUUAAAGAAGGGCCUAUCUUCUUCUUCGCAGUCGGGCUGGCUCAUUAUUGUGUACUCUUUGUGACUCUUUACCAGAGGCUUCCAACAAAUGAAACGCUACCCAAGGAUCUUCAUCCGGUUUUCUUUCUGUUUGUAGCAGCCCCUAGCGUUGCUAGCAUGGCAUGGGCCAAAAUAACUGGGGAGUUUGGAUUUGGUUCGAGGAUUGCUUACUUCAUUGCACUCUUCCUAUAUGCUUCUCUUGCUGUUCGCAUUAACUUCUUUCGCGGUUUUAGGUUCUCACUUGCUUGGUGGGCGUACACUUUUCCAAUGACGGGUGCCUCUAUUGCUACAAUUCGAUACUCGGUCGAAGUCACAAACAUAUUCACUCGGAUUUUAUCAAUUGCACUCACAGCCAUAUCCAUCAUAACUGUGGCAUCUCUUCUAACUUCGACUAUGGUUCACGCAUUUGUGCUUCGCGACCUUUUCCCAAACGACAUUGCCAUUGCCAUUUCCGGAAGCAAGAUAAACCCAAACAAAAUGGAUUUGCCUAUACAGACAUCGAGUGCAAAUGCUAGCGACAAUGAAGCUUGUCAAUCUGCGAGUAAUGGAGAUCAUACUGGAACGCUAUCAAGCGAAUCAAAAGGACCUACACUUGUUUGAACAAAACAUGAAUGAGUUGACCUAAGCAUUAUGGCGAUGAAUGAUAUCUUUGACAUGCGAUCAGACCCGAAUAUCGUAUUGUUCAACGAGCACGUGAGUCGCGGUAACUUUGUUUACUGUGAUAAGAACAGGGGAUGAAGAUCGUAAAAUAUGGAAUAUGAUCAAAAGUCGAUAUGCUUUUUAUUGUGAGCUCUAUUUGUAAUUAGUUGAUUAUUAUGAAUAAAAGAGAUUUUAAUAUUUAGGAAU